AUGGGGAACAGCCGGUGUCCCGUGAAUCUGGAGUUGCGAUGGCAGGCGGAGGUCAGCAGCAGCAUCUACUCCACUCCCCUCGUCGCCGAUAUUAACCGGGACGGCAAGAUGGAGGUGGUGGUGCCGUCCUUCGUGCACUACCUGGAGGUGCUCGAUGGUUAUGAUGGUGACCGGCUGCAUGGCUGGCCGGCCUUCUACCGCUCCAGCACGCACACGAGCCCGCUGCUGUAUGACAUAGACAAGGACGGCGUGAGGGAGAUCAUCCUUGCGGACUACAACGGCGAGAUCCUCUCCUUCACGCCUGGUGGCGAGGAGCUGACUCGUUAUAAGAUGAGUGUGCCGCGGCUGCGCAUCCGCAAGGAGUGGUAUGUGGGGCUGGACCCAGACCAUGUGGACCAUGCACACCCCGACAUCCACGCCCCCAUUGACGACGACCACGUGGACCAUGCACACCCCGACAUCCAUGCUCCCAUUGACGAUGGUGAGCCGGGCUUACUACUUGCCAAGAACGUGUCCAGCCAGCAUCAGGAGAGCGAUCUGCUCAACCUGCCCAAGCCACACGCUGCUGAUGACCUUCCCAGAUACGCUGCUGGUGGUGGUCCUUCCGUCGUCACAGAUUCAACUCAAAAGUCAACGCAGAUCAGCAGCCAAGCCAAGAACGUGUCCAGCCAGCAUCAGGAGAGAGAUCUGCUGAAACGGCCCAAGCCACACGCUGCUGACGCCCAUGCUGAUCGCGGCGCUGGUAGUGGUUCUCCCAUUCUCACUGAUAUUUUCUGUCCCUCCGCACCCACCAUCCCUCCAUCUCUCCCCAUCCUCUCCUCCCUCUCACCUCUCUCAGCAGCCAAGAACGCGUCCAGCCAGCACCAGGGGGGAGACCUUCUGAACCUGCCCACGGCCCACGCCGCUGACGCCCAUGCUGAGCGCGGCGCUGGUGGCUCUGACACCCACGCACCAGGCACAUCGGGGCAGGCACAGGGUCAGCAGCAGGCACAGGGACAACAAGCACAAGGGCAGCAGGCGCAGGGGCAGUAUAAGACUCAGCCACUGCAGCAGCAGCCGCAGGAGGUGCAUCACGAGCACCACCCAGAGCAGCAUCCGGACAAGCAUACCGAGCAGCAGCAUGCAGCAGGAGGGGGCGGUUUGCCUCACGGGAGUGACCUGCAGCAGCCAGGCAUCCCCCACGCAGCAGCAGACACCGCGUUUGGCACAGCCACUGCUGCUAGAACGCUCGCAGAGCAGCAGCACCCUCAGGCGCAAGCACAGGUGAAGGUAGAGAAUCCUCAGGAGGACCCGGGCCUGCCCCCUGUUGUAACUGCCGCGGGCGCUGCUGCUGGAGGUGCUAGUAGCGGGGGGAUUGACAUGCCCCCGCUUGUAGAGCCGCUGGCACAUGCUGCAGGUGCUGCUGCUGCUGGUGGGGGUGCUGGUGCUGUUGGGGGUGCUGCUGGGGGUGCUGGUGGUGCUGCAGGAGCGGGAGGGCGAGGGGCGGCGCUGGCAGAUCUGGAUUGUGGGAAGGACGGGCUGUGCAGCAAAGAGGCGCAUGCUGCAGCCGAGGCCAAGGCAGCCGCCGCUGCUGUCGCUGCCGCUAUGAGUGGGGGAAUCGCAGCAGCAGCAGCGGGGGGGCAGCAAGGGCAGCAGCAGCAGCCGGCGCAGGGGCAGCAGCAGGUGGAAGGUUCUGGGAAGGUUCAAGCAACGGAGGCGGAUUUACAGAAGAUCCAGUCGUGGGAGAAGUGGCACCAAGAUGUGAUGGCCAAGGUGGCACCAGGAUCCCAAAUGGGGGAGAAGGAGCAGGCGCUGUGGAAGCACUACCAGGACUGGAAGAGCAAACUGCUGCUCCCAGGGGACAACUCGCCCCCUGCUGCUGGUGGAGGGGUGCAUGGGGCGCGUAGGCGGCUGCUGCAGGUGCAUGAGGAGAAGGCGGGGGCAGGGAGGGGUGGAGACGUGGGGGCAGCACGUAGGAGGCUGCUGCAGGUGCACGGGGGCCACCAUGCUGGCGACCACGAGGAUGUGAGUCUAGGAAGGGGGGCUGCUGGGGUAGGUGGGAUGCAGGGUGGUCGUGUGUGGGUGGGUGCAUGUUGGUUCUGGGCGCAUGCAGCUGCCCGCAGGAGGCUGCUGCAGGUGCACGGGGACCACCAUGCUGGCGACCACGAGGAUGUGAGUCAGAGAGGGGGCUGCUUGGGGGGGUGUGAAGAUAUGGAGGGGGCGGACUCAUGCGACGUGUUCAAGGUCGAGUUCCCCACAGCAGAGCCGGACAGUGAGUUGGACGAGGAGGGGGCCGAGUCAUGGGACUUCCCCACAGCAGAGCCCGACAGCGAGCUGGACGAAGAAGGAGCAGACUCGUGGGACGUGUUCAAGGAUGACGAUGAUUACAAGCAGUGGGAGGGCGACGGGGAUGACUGGGCUGGGAACGCGGAGGGCGAGGGGGAGCCAGCGGGGGAGGGGGAGGAGCUGGGGGAAGAUGAGCACGAGGGUCACGGCGGGUGGGGGCAUCAUGGGGACGGGGAGACGCACAAGGAGGAGCACAUAGAGAAGGACGAGGGGGAGGAUGAUGAGUGGGGGGGUCCGCGGGCGGAGAAGGAGGAUGGGGACGAGUAUCAGUACGAUUAUGAUGAUUAUGUGAAUGAGAACAUGUGGGAGGAUGAGGACUGGACCGAGGCGGAGCACGAGGCAGAUAAGGAGUAUAUCCUCGUGGACUCGCACAUCCUCUGCACACCGGUGAUAGCGGACAUUGACAACGACGGCCAUGAUGAGCUGGUGGUGGCAGCAUCUCACUUCUUUGACCGCGAGUACUACGAGGACCCGGCGCACAAGCACGAGUUGGAGGAGGGGGUGGACAUGAGCAAGUACAUCGGCGGGGCCAUUGUGGUGUUCGACUUGCACACGCAGCAGGUCAAGUGGUCGCAGCACCUCGACCUCACCACCGACAGCACGCAGUUCCGCGCCUACAUCUACUCGGCUCCCACUGUCGUGGAUCUGGAUGGAGAUGGGUUCCUGGAGAUCAUUGUGGGCACGUCCGUGGGUUUCAUCUACUGCCUCGAUGCCUUUGGCAAGGUGAAGCCCGGGUUCCCACUCCAGAUGGGGGAGGUGCAGGGGCAGGUGGUGGCAGCUGACGUGAACCACGACGGCAAGCUCGAGAUCAUUGCAGCCGACACCCGCGGCAACGUGGCCGCCUUCUCCUCGGAGGGCAAGGAGGUGUGGGAGCGGCACCUGGCGUCGCUGAUCGCGCAGGGGGCGAGCGUGGGCGACGUGAAUGGGGACGGGUUCACGGAGGUGGUCAUUGGGUCUUCCUCUGGACAUAUUUACGUGCUGGAUGGGCGCACAGGCAAGGACGUGGGGAGCUUUCCCUUCCGCACGCACGGGCGCAUCAUGGCGCCCAUUCUGCUGGUGGAUCUGCACAAGCACGCGGGUGGCAAGGGGCAGCACGUGGGGGCGUCUGCAGGGCUGCAUCUGGUGGUGGUGUCGUUUGAUGGGUUCCUGUACGCCGUGGAUGGACGGACAGGAUGCGCCGACACGUUUGACAUCGGGGAAACAUCGUACAGCAUGGUCCUGGCGGAGAACGUGGAUGGGGGAGACGAUCUAGACCUGGUGGUCUCCACCAUGAACGGCGCCGUGUACUGCUUCCAGACGUCCGUGCAGUACCACCCUCUCAAGGCAUGGCCGUCCCAGAACCAGGGGCGCAACGUGUUCUUCCCGCGCUACGGCCACGAGGGCAUCUACAUGCUGCCGCACUCCCGCCAGUACCGCGACAUUGGCAAAGAUUCCUUCCGCGUCAGCUUUGAGAUUGUGGACGCCCGUAAUCCGCUUGGGCACGGAGGGGUGUAUGGCACUCAGAUCGGUCCCUACAAAGUGAAGUACCGUGACAUUGGCAAGGACUCCUUCCGCGUCAGCUUUGAGAUCAUGGACGCCCGUAACCCUCUCGGGCAUGGCGGAGCAUACAAGGCUAAAAUCGGGCCCUACAAAGUGAAGGGUGUGGAAGGGGUUUACCCGUGCAGCGACGUUACGACUCACACUUUCUCCGGUUCGCCACUCCUUCCUUGUCAUCCCCUCCCUCUUUUCCUCUCCAACUGUCAGGUGUGGCUGUUUGACGAGGCGAAGCGUGAGCUGACCCACGAGGAGACCUUCCAGCAUGCGGGGGUGCACACGCUGGUGAUCCCCACGCCCAAGCGCCGCACUCACGCCACAUUCUUCAUCGAGAUGGAGGACGAGCGCCGCCUGCACUUCCACGAUGAAUUUGCCCUCUCCUUCCACAUCCACUUCUACCGCCUCCUCAAGUGGAUCCUCGCCCUCCCGCUGCUCAUCAUGGCGGCAGCACUCGUAGCCCGCUCGGCGCCGGAUUCGGGCCCGGACCUGCCCUCCUUCUCCCCGGCUAGCCGCCACCUGGCCUGA